UGUCAGGAACCGGCAGUUCCAUCUCGGGCGGACAGUCAGCAGGGUUGGUGGAUUUUUCGCGCUUUUUCUCGUCGAUUGCUCGCGUCGCGAUCGCCCGCGUCGAUCGGACGAUCGGCUGAUACGUCGCAGGAUCGUCGCACGACAAGACAUGCGGAAAGAGCGAAGGUCGAAGGGCGUUUGAAGAUGCAGUUUCGAUCGACCCCUACGAGCGGAACGAAAAUCCAGUCGCGUCCUCGUCGCGUCGCUCCGCGUCGUCGUCAUCGUGACGGGACGUCGUUACCGCUCGUCGUUGCCCCGCGAAUCGGUCCCACGGGGCCCGUAAACGUCGAGGGAUGCUCGCGGAGAUGGUCCGGCUGUCCUACCAACACAGGGCGUUCUACUGCUACGUGAUUCUGAGCGUGUGGAUCUUCCUGCUGGUCGCUGGCAUGUAUAAAUAUAUCGGCGUGGAUGAGAAAACUUCGGUGCAAACGAGAAUCUUAAAUAACGAUUUGUCGCUCCGAGAAUUCCCGAGAAAUUUAAAAUCGGACGCGAAGACAAAGAAGAUCUUUCGUUUUUGCAAUUUACCGCACGAGAUAGCUGCAGAGACCGAAGGAAAACUCGACGGCAACUUGACGUUAGGCGGCAUUCUGAUUUUCAUUCGUCACGGUGACAGAGGUCCUUUGACGCACAUACGAAAUAUAAGCAGCAUAAAUUGCGGCGGCGAGACCGGCGCCGGUGGCGUAACGGAAUUGGAAACGAUUUACGAGAAUUAUGUAAAUUUCGUGCAAAAUGUGUCGAGCUAUUCCAAGACCGCCUGGGCCCAAUUCCUGGGGCCGUUUCACGGGCUGCCCGUGUUGCCGGCGAAUGCACGCGACUGCAGGAUCGGUCAGCUGACCACCCUUGGCAUUCUGCAGUUGCUGAAGACCGGAAUCCUGUUGAGAAACGCGUACUAUCACAGGCUCAAUCUCGGCAACGGCACCACCUUCGGCAGGGACGUCAUCGUCUACAGCACUUCCUAUCGUAGGACUGUGCAAAGCGCCGUCGCGUUGCUCUACGCGCUCUUCGAAAAUGACGGUUUCCAGAAUCUGGCGAGGAUCAACCUGCAGGAAAGCCAGAGCUAUGCGUUUUGCAACAAUGAAUGCGCCUGUCCUGCCGCUGAGAAAUUUCUGAAGCAGCAUUUAAAGGAGACUUCCAACCAUCUAAGAUCUCAUCCGGCGGUCGGCGAGCUGAUCAAACAGGCGGCAAGUGCCGUGUUCGAGCUUCCGGAUCAAGCGCAGACCUGCGACCCGAAUACGCUGAGGGACGCUUUAUUAACGUACGUGUGCCACGGGGCCUCCCUGCCGUGCGCCGACCUCGCGGAGGACGCGUUAAAGACGACGACGCAGAGGACGUGCGUCAAGACCGACCACGUUACCGGGUUGUUCGCCUACACGGACUGGGAGUCCAAGCAGGUCGCCAAGAGCAGCAGCCGCAACAAGUACGGGCUCCUCAAGGCGUACGGGAUGCUGCGUGGCAUCGUCACCUUCAUGCUCCGCAUCAUCUCCGAGGCCAGGCCCAAGAUCGUCCUCUACUCCGGCCACGACAAGACUUUGGAGUACCUUGCCACCGCUCUUGGCGUGGUCUCCGACGUGGCGACUCAUUACGCCUCGAGGCUCGUCAUCGAGAUCUACAAGAUCAAUCCGAGGAACGACAAUCGUCUCGCCAGCGAUUUUUACUUUCGCGUCGUCGCCAACGGUCGGGAUCUCACGCCGAAGAUCCCGUUCUGCCGAAACGCGAACACUUAUGUCAGCGACGACGGGGAUCAAGGAGCGGGCAAGAAGGGCGUCGUCAAGCUGUGUCCGAUAGAGAACAUCGUCCGACAAUUGCACGAUGAUUAUUUCGUGCCGUUCAACGCGACGAACUUUAAGGAUGCUUGUUCGAGUCACAAGAUUCGCUAAAAUUAAUUGAACGUGAUGGUCGAACGAAAAGAUCCUCCAUAAAAGAGUAGGCGAGUUAAAAGGAAUUGAGGGAAAAUUAUUUGAUAAAAAUUAAAUAAUAAUACAAAUUAUCCUUAAAAUUAUAGUACUCUAAGAUUUUUAACACUUUUAUGGGUUCUCCAUUUGGUCUCUCUUUUAUUCUCAAUAUAUGGGACUUUGUAGUUACUCUAUUAGUAACCACUCAGACAGCACACAUGUCCAAAAGACAUCUAAAAGACACUUUAAAGACGUCUUAAAGUCCUCUAGAUGUCUUUUAGUGCUGUCAAGUACCAAGUAUAUGUGAGAAAUAAAAGAAAAGUCUAUUUGAUAUAUAUCUCAAUUUGUAAAAUAAAAAAUUUAUGUCUUCUCUUGUAAUCCAAAUAGAUUAGCAUCUUGAAGAAUAAAAAUGAAUGAUAAAAAUUAAUCGAUAGAAAUAAAAAAAGAGAAGAAUGAAGAAACAUUGGAGAUGUAUAAAAUGCCAGUCUCCCGUUAUAGAGAUUAGAAGUUUGACUUUACAAAGGGAAUUCUUAUCAAUUCUUUUUAAUUCAUUUACUUCUUGCAUGGAGAUUAGAUUGGGUCGAAUGAGUUUUUGAUUAGCGCUAUGUGUCGUAGAACAUAAGCCAACGUGAAAGUAAUUACCAAUAUUAAUAUUCGAAAAAGUUUAAAGAGAUAAUCCUUAAAUUUUUCCAGUAAAUUCUCAUAUGUGCGAUGAGAUAUAAGUCACACUUAGAAUUCAGUCUUUCCACUUGACAAGAAAGUAAUCCAUCUUGAUUCUAUUGUGAAAUAGUCGUAUAGAAAUACUCAAAGUUCAGUUUAAAUUUCUUUUACAUCUCUUGAUACAUCAACGCAUAUACAUUUAAGAAAAUUUCAGAUUGUCAAAAAUUAUAAGAAAACCGAAAAAACAAAAGAGUACAUAAAUUGUCAUCUUAGCAAGGAACAGGAGCCUUAUCUUCAUAUAGAUCAUUCAUCUAAAACUUUAAAGUAUCUUUAGAUAAAUCAAAGAACGAUAGCACUAAUGAAUCGAUUAGUCGAUUAUCACAUAUAUUUUA